AUGCCAGGUGCUAAGCAGUGCUGGGAAUGUCGCAAAAGGCGGCUUGUUUGUGACUUUGAACGCCCAGCAUGCAUCAAGUGCCGGGACAGAGGAGUCCAAUGUCCCGGAUAUGACCACAAGCCUCUACGAUGGGUUGCGCCCGGGGAGACCAGAUCCAAGAAGCGAAAGGCCCAACAGCGCUCCGUUGGUCAGUCAGCUGUAACCCGAGUAUCACGGGUCCAUUUCAAGGAUGCAGGUGCCACACAUCUGAUACAAGCAAUAGACUACUAUAACCGCGUCAUAAGUCCAGAUUUGCUCGCGACGAACCGACGCGCAUCUGAUAACCCAUUCUUCGUGCCGCCAGCCGCAGCAGCAUAUAUUCUUCCUGCCAUUGCGGAAAUUGUUGUCUCUACCGCACUGGGACAUCGCAUUUUACAGAGCCGUCAAUGUUCGACAUCUGACCGAGUAGCGUUGGCUACCAAGCUGCAACACCACCGAGGGUUAGCCAUUCGGCUGAUGGCCGACGUCUUGGCCACGGACGGCAUGCGGACAAGUGACGAGAUGCUUGCUUGUGUCUUGGUGUUUUUGUUUGCCGAGAUACAACAAUCCAUUUCAUCCUGUUGGCGACAACAUGUGGAUGCAGCUUGGACGAUAAUCAACUCACGCGGCGGGCUGGGUGACCUCAUACAUAGCCACGCGCAGUUUCGCCAUUUGUUUCGCUAUUUUACCAUCAUCGACGUAUUCGGUGCGACUACCUCGCCGCCGCUCGAUGUUGGCCGAGCACACCGGCAGCUGGACGUCUUGCCGGUGCUACCUACGCUAUAUCGCGAUGGGCUUCAGACGUGCGUGCCAUGUCCUCCAGAGCUUUUGGGGCAUGUCAUCCUCGUCAACCACUUUAGGGCACAGUUAUGUGGCCCUGCCGCCGAGCAGAAGAAGAAUCAUCUGUUUGCGGCCGCUGGAGAAACGUUGCAAAAAAUUUGCGACUUUUCUGUGCACCAAUGGGUCGAUGACACCGUUCUCCCCAGUUUGUUGAUGGAUGAUGCCGAAAAGGCUCGGGAGCAUGCAAGCCUGGCUUCUAGCCAGACCAAGGCUCGGCGAUGGAUCUGGCUUGCCCUAACAUCGGCGUUCAAAUCAGCCAUAGCACUAUACUGUAUUUCAACAGUGUUCGACGGUCGCACAUAUGAAUCUGGGGACAAUGACACGGCAUGCAAUGACCUCGCCUCCUGCUCUGAUGUCCGUAUGUUCCACGUGGAAACGCUUCGAACAAACUUGCAAACCGUGGCCUCCGACGAGAGAGGGCAGCUUCGCAAGUUCACCAUCUGGCUAUUAGUCGUUCUGGGGGUGGUGACGGACCCGAGUGACGAGACAUGCAAGAGAUUCAUAACAGGCGAGCUGAAAUGGAUCAGUGGACAUGUGGGCAUUUCUUCACCCUUGAUUGCCAUUGGAGUGUUGGAAAAGAUCUGGCAAACAUCUUGCACCCGGGCAGACAAGAAAGGCGUAGGGUGGGACGGCCUUUUUGAGAAACCGUACAUUUUCGCUUUGUAG